AUGUUGGUCAAAAGCCUCCAGGCAGCCGAACACGUGAGUCACAUUGACCAAACCUUCCAGAUACUCAGGAAGUAUAACAUGAAGCUGAACCCCCUCAAGUGCACUUUCGGAGUGGCAUCAGGCCAGUUCUUGGGAUACAUUGUGAAUCAGAGAGGAAUUGAGGCAAAUCCGGCAAAGGUAGCCGCCUUACUAGAAGUGAGGUCACCUCAGAAAUCGAAGGAGGUCCUAAGUCUCAAUGGCCGGAUAGCCACACUCAACCGCUUCAUCUCUAGAGCCACUGAUAAAAGCUUACCUUUCUUCAAUGUAUUGAAGCAAGGAAAGAGAUUCCAAUGGACUUCGGAGUGCCAAGAAGCCUUCGAGUCUUUGAAGAAACACCUCGGGAAAGCACCCCUCCUGUCAAAACCCCAGCCAGAUGAAUCUCUGUUGCUGUACCUAGCAGUUUCAGAUGUGACAGUCAGCGCGGUCCUAACCAGGGAAGAAAAUGAGCCCUCAAGAAAGCUGAGGCCAUAUUUCCAAGCCCACUCAAUACAAGUCCUCACCAAUUUCCCUUUAAGACAAGCUAUCAAGGGCCAGGCCCUUGCCAAUUUUAUGGUCGAGUUUACCAAAGCCCCAGAAAUGGAGGCCAUAAUGGAACCGAUCGAGCCCCCCACAUGGAAAUUGUUUGUAGAUGGGUCUUCAGGAGAGGUUGGCGCGAGGGCAGGAAUCGUGUUGGAGAGCCCGGAAGGCCAUUUGCUAAAUUGUGCGGUAAGAUUCGGCUUCAGAGCCUCGAACAACGCGGUCGAAUAUGAGGCCCUUCUGGCAGGUCUAAAGCUCGCUAAGGAAAUGCAGGUCAGGAAGCUCCUAGCAAGCAGCGAUUCUCAGCUUGUAGUAAAUCAGGUAAACGGGGAUUUCGCAGCCAAAGAUGAUGCCCUCUCAAAGUUAGCCAGCAGCAUGAACUCAGAGCUUCUAAACAUCGUCCCCAUUGAGCACUUAUCAAAGCCCUCCACCUUCGAAGGCGAAGAGUUACUGUGGAUAGAAGGCACCCCAUUGUGGAUGCAGCCCAUAAUCGCGUAUCUAAAGGAACAAACACUGCCUGCUUCCAGAGACGAAGCAAGAAAAUUAAGAAGAAGGGCUGCACACUUCUUCCUUCAAGAAGACACCCUUUACAAGAGAGGCUUCGCAUCGCCCCUUCUUCGAUGUGUGGGCGGCGAAGAGGCCACAUACAUACUCAGAGAGAUACAUGAAGGGAUCUGCGAAAAUCACUCCGAAGGGACGGCUCUGGCACACAAGUUCGACAAUAAGAGGAUGCGAGACUUAUGCGACGAACUGGGCAUAAAGAAGGACUUCUCGACUCCGCAUCACCCCCAGGCAAAUGGACAGGUUGAAGCAGUGAACAAGAUUAUCAAGCACACCCUGAAAAGGAAAUUGGAUGCCUCGAAAGGCGCCUGGGUUGACAAACUCCCCCACGUCCUCUGGGCCAUCAGAACGACUUGUCGGACUGCAACCGGCGAAUCCCCAAUUUUCAUAACCUACGUAGCCGAAGCAAUGAGUCCGGUCGAAGUUGGGUUCCCAUCACAUUGA